AUGAUGUCCAACGAUGUCCCCGCGACUCCGAGACCUCGUCCACCAGGUAAUGUACGGCGUUCCAUGUCGAUGAAACUGCAGACACCGCCCCCUCCAUAUGCAUCUUCGUUCGCGUCGCCAACCAGCAAGCAAGAGGAACUGGAUCAAUCGGAAGGUAUCCGGGGAAGCGCCGUUGGAUCCACUCUUAGUCCAAUACGCCAGGACGAAGGAGAAGAGGAUUGGUUCAACGAGAGAUCGCGUGAAGAACUUACCGAACUUUUCCUCAAAGCGGACGGGCUGAUCAAAGAGCGCGAGAACGAGUUGAACUUGACCUCUGCCGUAUACAAGACGCUCUUUGAGAGCAAUGUGUCACUCAAAUCCAAGCAUCAGGCGUUCCUUGCCAGGAUACCCAACUCCCCAACCGUCUCUUCCUCCGUGUUACCACCGGCGUCCUCUUCGGGAUCUCAUACACCAGUCUUCUAUUCACCACGGACCUCCCCUUCGCCGCCCAAUCUGCGCCCUCGGCGAACCCGCAGGAUAUCCAUGUCCCAGGACGAUAUUUCUCAUCUCGCGGACCAAAACUCUGAGCUCCUCGUCAAACUCGAAAAACUGGAACAAGAAUCCGCGCAAGCAGAUUUGUCAGGUCGAAGAGCUCUGAAACGGCUAGAACGCGAGAUUCAGCUGCUGAGGGAGGAACUGGAAGAGACACAAGCACGCGGGGAAGCUUUAGAAGAGAAAGCGCGGUUGGGAGAUAGUAUCGAAGCUAUUUGGAAGAAGAAGGAGAGAGAACGAGACGCCAGGAAGCGUAGAUCGACUCUGACUACCGGUGUUAGUGAUGACGAUGAGAGAAGGGACUUCGCCCCACCUUCAGACUUCCCUCGACCUGCCUUCAGGUUUCCAAUGAGUAGGAAGAGUGAAACGUCCCUGGAAAGAGCCGUACCCUCACGAUCAGAGGUUCUUAGAGAGCAACAGCGACUCGCUGAUGCCUCUCCCCCUCCAUUCGAAGAGAUAGACUCUGGUAGUCGCUCUCACCUUGACGACUCUCCUUCUCGACCAUCUCCCGCUCUCAUCACUCAACUUAUAGCCAAGAUCGCGGAACUUGAGGAGACAAAUACGCGUAUCAUGCGUCGCCAGGCGGAGACCACCGAGAAGUUGCAGGCCGUCCAGCAGGAAACGGAGAACAUGAGCAAGGUCUACGAGAGCUUGGGUGGCGACGGUGCGUUUAUGUGGGUUGGCGACGAUGGCGAGGCUGCACUGUACGUUGACGAAGAAGCCGAGGAGGAGUUCGGCGACGGUUCUCAGCAUGGGGCAAUGCGUUUCAGAAGCUGGAGACGAUCUAUUGAAGGGCGGGCACCCGAUGCGUUCGAUCAGUCAACGGUCCGCAGCUCUUCACAGAAGUCCUUUGGCAGCGUCAGCGAACGUGGUACCCCUAGCCGUCGUGGAUCCGUGCGGCAGCGACACUCCAGGGGAUCGUUGAGCAACGGGUUUAAACGUGCUUCAACUAUGGGCUUCCCGGCUUCGCAUAAGUCUCGCAGGAGCGUUGUUGGACUUUUCGACACGUCACCUACACCCUCCACUCUGAAUCUCGACCCUUCGAGCUCGAAGUCUGAUUCACUGGAGAGGGGUGUCUCCUUGAGUCCCUCGGGCGCGCAGACUCUUGGUGCGGAGCUUGAUGGGCUUGGUCUUGCCUUCGACGGAGCCAGUCCCGUUGGCGCGCCUCGCAAUGUGUCGAAUCAUCACCUUAGAACGACAAGCUUAUAUGAUCUGAGCUGUAUUGGUUCCACCUCAACAACGCCCAUGCAUUCUCCGUGCCCUUCCAUUUCCGAUACUCCGUCGGCGGGAUACACACACUCAGUCUCACCGAGCCCUGUCUUCUCGUCAUUACCAUCGAGGAUGCUCACAUCUCCGGUCAAAGAUCAAACAUUACCCGUGCCCGACCCGGAAACCCCCGUACCCCCUGGGGGCGUUCAUCUUAUGGUGGAGGAGCCUACUCCUGUUAUUCCUCAGGGUAGCCCGGUUUUGGGCGCAGCGGAUGGCUUGCUUCCUAGCUCGGGGAGCAAACAUUCACUGCGCUAUCGACGUAUGACUCAGACAGUGCGUUCAAGGGCAGAGAAGUGGGAAGAUGGCCGAUUUAAAGAAACGCUGAAAGGCCUCGGCUCUCCCCCAGGGCACCCCGCUGCGAAAACGGUCAUAAGGAAGAAAUCGACGAUCGCGAGUGCGUUUGAUGUCUUUAUGGACGCGUUUGCGGACAGGAUAGACAAGCACGAUGACGGAGACCCACCACUGCCCUCCUUGGAAGAUAUAUCCAUAAUCGAUUUCCCUGAUUCGCCCGUGGGUGAAACAGAGGUCCCUCUGUCUGCUUGCGACACUUCUGCGUUAUCUGUGGAGCAGGAGGACGAGCAUGAAGCUGCCGUUGUCCAGGCAUCCGAGAUAUCGGUACAGCAGCAACGAGGCGGUCUCGGUCGCCUCAUGCUGGAGAUAUGGCUGUGGCUGCAGUUCGCAGUUAUCAUCCUGGUCUUCCUCUGGGCGAUGGCGAGGCGAGGGCCCAAGGCCGUUCUGUACGAAGCUGAAAGGCGGAAGAGCUCGGGCUCGUAUUGA